UUCGGAGUCGUUGAUCGUCGGUAUCGCCAACAUGACAUUAAAGUCGUUUAUUUGAAGCGGCGAGCUCGUGGCGUGACGUCGUCCGUACUUCAGCGCAAAGUCGGUAAAUUUGUUGGAGCAUUUAGCUUCAAUUAGCAUUCGUCGCUUGUUAUCAACAGCGUAUACAGCACGGAUAACGGCGUUUCGAAAGUCUUCAGACUGCGUAAUCAGUAUUCCGUGCGCCUUGAGGUGCGUAAGUGAGAUCCCUCGGCAUUCGGAGGAUAAAAUUUAAUCGAGAGGUGGUCAGGUGGCAUUGAAACCAUUGGAUUAAAGUACAUAAAAAAAAAAAAAAAAUACAUAAGAAUCGAACAAUCGACCAGCAAGUAGAUCAGUUCAAAAUGGCGGACAGCGGUGACGGUCCCGACAGUACUACCUCUGGAAAAGAUGCUAGAAAUCGGGUUUCCGAUUGUCCAGUUACGGAUCCGGGCACCGUAACGAAGAGCCUAGAGGCUUCAAAUAAUGCCUUUCACGGCCCGAGAGCAAAAUUAGAAACAAAGUCUGGUGCCUUGAAGAAAUCCAACCGAUACAGAAGCCGAUCUCUCUCAGCCAGCAGCACAGAUAGCUACAGCUCCGGUAUGAGAAGUUCAUCGGACGAGGAUGACGUAUCGCCACGUGAAAAAAUCCAGAAGACAGAAAAAGGAUUCUCAGAUUUCUGUGUACGUAAUAUCAAUCAGUACGCGUUUGGGCGAAGAGAAAUUGAAAUCGCCGAACAAGAAAUGCCGGGAAUCAUGGCACUGCGAAAACGCGCCGCGGAGGACAAACCUCUCAAGAACGCCAAGAUAGUUGGUUGCACCCAUAUCAACGCCCAGACCGCGGUCCUCAUUGAAACGCUCGCGCAGCUGGGUGCUCAAGUGCGAUGGGCGGCGUGUAACAUAUAUUCAACGCAAAACGAAGUUGCCGCAGCUCUGGCUCAUGCCAACUAUUCUAUAUUUGCAUGGCGCGGAGAAACGGAAGAGGAUUUCUGGUGGUGCAUCGACAAAUGCGUUGCGGCUGAAAACUGGCAGCCUAACAUGAUACUGGACGACGGUGGAGACGCGACGCAUUUAAUGCUGAAAAAAUAUCCCGCCAUGUUUAAAAUGAUUCAAGGAAUUGUGGAAGAAAGCGUCACCGGUGUACACAGGCUUUAUCAGCUUUCCAAAGCCGGUAAACUAUCGGUGCCGGCAAUGAAUGUCAACGACAGUGUUACCAAAACAAAAUUCGACAAUCUUUACAGCUGUCGCGAGAGCAUUAUUGACAGCUUGAAGAGAUCCACAGACGUUAUGUUUGGUGGAAAACAAGUCGUGAUCUGCGGAUAUGGCGAAGUCGGAAAGGGAUGCUGCCAGGCGCUCAAAGGAUUGGGUUGUAUUGUGUACAUCACAGAGAUAGACCCGAUUUGCGCUCUUCAAGCAAGCAUGGACGGAUUCAGAGUGGUGAAACUUAACGAAAUUAUCAGAAACGUUGAUAUCGUUAUAACUGCAACCGGUAACAAAAACGUUGUCACCCGAGAACAUAUGGACAAAAUGAAGAACGGCUCGGUUGUCUGUAACAUGGGUCACAGUAAUACGGAAAUAGAUAUCAAUAGCUUGCGAACACCUGACUUGACAUGGGAAAAAGUCAGAUCUCAAGUUGACCACGUGAUUUGGCCCGACGGCAAACGUAUCGUCCUCUUAGCCGAAGGAAGAUUAGUCAAUUUAUCGUGCUCCAGCAUCCCGUCCUUUGUCGUAUCCAUAACAGCGGCUACUCAAGCGCUUGCUUUAAUCGAACUCUUCAAUGCCCCACCAGGACGGUACAAGAGUGACGUUUAUCUGUUGCCGAAAAAGAUGGACGAAUACGUAGCGUCUUUGCAUCUGCCAACGUUCGAUGCUCACUUAACCGAGCUUUCAGACGAACAAGCGAAGUACAUGGGCCUUAAUAAAGCUGGUCCUUUCAAGCCCAACUAUUAUCGUUAUUAAAGACAGUACGUUUUGUCAACUAUGACAAUGGGCUGGAUGAAAAGGCACUGCCAACUCUGAACGAGAUGCAGGAGGAAUCGUGAAAAAAGAAAGAAAAAAAAAAAAAGAAAAAUUAAGUUAUGAGGAUAGAAAUAAUAAUUGUGCGUAGAUAAAUUCCGACGUACUCCGGCCUUCUUGGGAAGAAAGGAGAAAGAAAGAAAAAGAAAAAAGACAAACUUCCAACUUGCCUAAAUCCCACUUAAGAAUGAAAAUAGUUUUUAUUUGUUCUUAGUUUUUCAUUUUUCGUAUUACAUCUUCUUUUAGUAUCUUUGAUAUCUCGUUUCUCGCAACAUGAACUUCAAACAGAGGCAACCGUUAUCCAACGUACAUAAAUUAUAGAAUUCAGUAUUACUAUCUACUUUACGAUUAGUGCAUUAUUCUUCGGGUUUGUUACGGAUAAAAUAUAUGACAAGUUGGUGUCUGAGACGAGUAGGAGAGUCGUUGAGUAUUGUAGUCUUAUUGUUAGAUACAUUUUUAAUCAUGCUGUUAUAUAUAUUAUACAGAAAAAUUUAAUAUCAGUAUUCACUUGUUUCUUUUGAAACGAUGAUUCGUGCGUGAAAAAAAAAAAAUUAAUUGCAACAGGUUCAAUACUUUCCAGUUUUAAUUCCAGCUUCGACAACGCUAUAUUAUUUCGAAUGUAAAAUUAACGCAAGAUUCCGUUCACCCUUGUAUUAAUUUAUUUGAUUUUCGCCUGUAGGUUUUUGCUUUUUUGUUUCCUCCAAAAAACUUCAAUACUGUUGAAACACGUGAUACAGACAUAUGUAUUCCAUUCACAUACGACUAUAAAAUCGUAAUGGUAAAUAUUUGAUGAUAAUUUGAAUAAUCUGAUGGCCUAAAUCCUAACUGAACAUCGCUUUGAAAUUUUCGCUUUAUACCUUAUACGUACAUACGUAUAUGUUUGAUAGGUAUGUACAAUAAUGUGAUUGUCUAGUACCCUUCUUUUUUACUUAUGCUUAAUGUUAGGCACGAUCAUUUUACGCUCGAUAGUGCCUUAUAAAUUUGUUGAAACUCAAGUCUCAGGAUUAUCAAACAUCAAAAGAAAUAUGUAGAUAAUUUAGUGUCAAAGUAUUACGACAUGUGGCGCUAAUCUUUCGUUAAAGCAUACUUCGAUUUUAAAAGAUAAAUUGAUAGCAACGCUUCUCACAUUUUCAUCAGCCUACUAGUUGCCGGUUUCUAAGAGGAACAGCUCGAUAGGUUUCGUUAUUUAAAAUUUGUUUAUAUAUUUAUGACCAAUCGUUUUCGUAAGUGAUGUAAAAUAUUCAGACCAAGAACAGAAGAACGAGGAAUUAGGGCGUAUUUUUAAAACCUAUCUAGGACUAAUUUUAAAAUCAAUUUACAAACAGAUACAAAAGUGAAAAAAAAUUCAAAAAUUAAAAACGUCCUUGUAAUUCAUAUCAAAUGUUGUCAUUAUACGAUUUUUGCAGUAUCAGAAUUUAAGUUUUAUUUGAUUUUAUCGUAUUCCGUGACUCGUGCCAUUUCGAUAUAAAAUAUCGGAUAUCAAGAAGGUAUAUUUAAUUUUACUACUUUAUACCUGCACAAAAUUUUAUUGCUACUAGUGAGAAAGACAAAAGAACAGAAUGUGAAAAACCAGAAAAUACUGAUCAACUCGAGUGAUAUUCACUGAACGGAUAAUGUAUGAGCGAAAAUGUAGUAAAGGAUCAACAUUCAACCCUAUUAAUAUUUUCCAAUCAUGUCUAAGCGACACGAAGUACUCCAAGAACAAUGUCGGCUGUAUUUUUAUAAAGGUAUUAAGUAUAAAUAAAUACGUACGAUGUUGAUUAUAUGUUUAA